GUCCCUCGGUUUCCCCUACCGGAGACUAGCGGCAUCUGGGAGGGAGGAGAAAGAAACAGGCCAAGGGAGAGAAAACAGGGGAGGAGGAGGAGGAGGAAAAAAACGAACAGCAGUGGAGCCCACCGAGGAGGACGUGAACCCGCAGGAGAGGAGUCGCUGCUUCUGUGAUGACCUUGUGAUUGGGUGAAGACUCCACUGGCCACCAGUAUGGACCUGCUGCAUCCUGGUAUUACCCACAAUCCUUAAAUAUUGGAUCUGCAGCUGAGUCUUCAGUUCUCCAAACUGUGAAGAGUGCCGUUCUCUGACCAGCGCCAAGCUAGGUCUCCUGUCCUGUGUUGCAAUGAUGUCGGUGGACGUAGCAAAUUGUAACGGCCCUGCUGCCACGCCCCCCACCUCUCUCAACCUUCACUCCUCACACAACCAGCUCCUCGGCAGCGAGGUUGUCAAACAGGGAUCUGCCACACCUCCCAAGUGUCGCAAAAAGUACGCGCUUACAAGCAUCCAGGCUGCCAUGGGCCUCGGCGAAACACUGCCACCUUCAUCCUUACCGCUGUCCCCAUCGCAAUCUUCUUCAACUCCCAAUAAUCCCAAACUGGCCAAAAAUGGAGUGAAUCAGCUCCGUAAAGCUGGUCAGGACCACAACCAAAACACAACUGGUCCUGACGCUGUGGAUCUUGAGAGUAACUCAGAGACUAUAGUGAAUGAUCUCAAUGUCAACACAGUAGAAGAAGAUGACAGUCACUCUCUCACCAACAAUGACCGAGAGGAAGACGUCUGUAAGAUGGAUGUUAAGCUCCACCUAAACGUUACCAGCAAUGCCGAGUCUGAGCAGGUUACUGGACCAGAGGAGGACAUGAACUCAUCCGUGGAACUCGGACUCAACAGCAACAUGGCUGAUCAGGACUUUGACUUGAACAUUGAGGCUGAGGAAACUGAUGACAUCAGCAUUCUGUCUGAAAAAGAAAUAAAUCCUAUGAUGAAAGCUGAGGAAGAGGAGUUGGUGGAGGAGCUGGAGGAAGAGGAGGAGGAAGAGGAGAAGAAACCCCUACUGAUGUUACAAAGUGAAUGCCCUCUGAAGGAACACAAAGUUUCUCCAGUCCUUGAACUCAUCUCUGAUCUUGACUCCAACCUCCAGCUCCUCCAAUCUGGCAAGAACUCUGUGGUGCCUCCCCCCGUCUCCCCACCAAGAAGAAACUCAGAGGACACUCCCCUGUUCUCUGUCUCCUGCCCCUCCUCUUCCUCCUCCUCUCCUGAGACAAAGAAAGACAGGAGGGCAGGAGCCAAGACGGACUGUGCUUUGAACCGCAUCCAGAAUCUGAACCCCAGCGAUGAAGAGUUGAGCUGGACAACCCUGUCUCAGGAGAGCAACUCGCCUGAAGAGACAGAUAUCUGGAGUGAGCAGUCAUUCCAAACCGACCCAGACCUGCCUCCAGGAUGGAAGAAGAUCACAGACAUGGCUGGUGUCUACUAUUGGCACAUCCCUACUGGCACCACGCAGUGGGAACGGCCUUCCAGCCGUCCGCCUCCUCCCGGACAGACUGAGGCCCCGGCCCUGAGCGAUCCCGCUGCAUCAACACCACGUAAACAGUCGCUGGGCUCCCUCAGCCCCCUUCCCACUCCUGACCAUGAGUCAUGCCAAGGAGAGAUCUUCUUCAGGGCGUCGACUCGCUCGGGCAGCACCACGUCCGACAGUUCAGUGGAGCCCUUCUCCUCUCAGGAGCCCCCCCUCGCCACAUGUGGAUUCGUCAACAGCUGCUACUUUCCUCGUUCUACAUCUCUACAGGGAAUGCCUGAUCAGGAAUCUGACUCCAAGCAGGAUGAAGACGAAGACAAGAAACAGGUGUGGAGUGAAUUUGGCGGAAAAAUUGAUAGUGAAGUGUGGAAGGAUCUGCAGGCAGCCACGGUGAACCCCGACCCCAGCCUGAAGGAGUUUGAGGGCGCCACGCUUCGAUAUGCAUCUCUCAAGCUAAGAAACCGUCCAACUGUAGAAGAAAAUGAGGCCCGUCGUGUCAACAGUGACUCUGAAGCUAAAUGUUUCGCAGUGCGCUCUCUGGGCUGGGUAGAGAUGGCUGAGGAGGACUUGGCUCCUGGGAAGAGCAGCGUCGCCGUCAACAACUGCAUCCGACAACUCUCCUACUGCAAGAAUGACAUCCGGGAUACGGUCGGCAUCUGGGGAGAGGGGAAGGACAUGUACCUGGUGCUGGAGAAUAAUAUGCUGAACCUGGUUGACCCCAUGGACCGCAGCGUGCUUCAUUCCCAGCCGAUAGCGAGCAUCCGUGUCUGGGGCGUCGGCCGCGACAACGGCAGGGAUUUUGCGUAUGUGGCGCGGGAUAAAAACACCAGGAUCCUGAAAUGUCAUGUGUUCCGCUGUGACACGCCAGCCAAAGCCAUCGCCACAAGCCUGCAUGAGAUCUGCUCCCGGAUAAUGACGGAGAGAAAGAAUGCCAAAGCCAUGGCAGGAAGCUCUCUCCAGGACAGGAUUCAGGCAGGACUGGAUCUCCCUUUACAAGAGUUCCCCACACCGAAGACGGAGCUGGUUCAAAAAUUUCAGGUGCACUACCUUGGUAUGAUGCCUGUGGUCAGACCAAUUGGGAUGGAAAUUCUGAAUGAAGCUAUCGAUAGUCUGAUUGGUUCCUCUAACAAAGAGGACUGGACUCCAGUGGCCCUAAAUGUUGCCGACGCCACGGUGACCAUCAGCAAAGACAAGGAUGAAGGGGAAGUGCUGGUGGAGUGCCGCGUCCGUUUCCUGUCUUUCAUGGGCGUAGGACGAGACGUGCACACGUUUGCCUUCAUCAUGGAUGCUGGCGGCCAUCGUUUUGAUUGCCAUGUCCUCUGGUGUGAGCCCAAUGCAGGAAGUGUGUCUGAGGCCGUGCAGGCAGCUUGUAUGCUGCGGUAUCAAAAGUGCUUGGUGGCCCGUCCGCCCUCCCAGAAGGCCUGUGGCUCGUCGCCGCCUGGAGACUCCGUGUCCCGUCGAGUCUCAACCAGUGUGAAGCGAGGCGUCCUGUCGCUCAUCGACACCCUCAAACAGAAGAGGCCCGUCACUGAGUUGCCGCAGUAACCAGUAGCCAGACAUUACGACCUUCCUACCGUGGCUCUCGUCACCAUGGUCACACAUUGCAUCGCUGCUCAAACCCAUCGCCACCUCAAACUCCAGGAACCAUGGAAACCACUGCGAAGCUUCGGGAUUUAGAGAACAUGCCUCAGUUCCACCGUUCAGAUUUUUUGGGAGCAAAUAGGAAUUGCAGUUUAGCAGUUGAGCAGCUUGUGGGGUUUUAAAGUCUGUUUCCUCAAAAGAACUAACUCUAAUCCUGCAACAAGAAGGAGCAGCCCUGGGGGACACCUGAGGGAUGAUCGUGUACAUAGACGUAAUCCCCGCCCCUCUCAACACAGUGUGAGGAGAAGGAGGAGAAACCGAACAGGAGCAGAGCGGCGGCUGUGAUGACUUAUUGCUAACCCAAAGGAUCACCUCUCCUUGCUCUUACUGUGUGUUUGUGUCUGCGCCUGCGUUGCCAGCAUGACCUUCUAAAGCAGGCCACGCCCCCUGCCAUUCACCUGGUUGUCCUGUUAGUCCAAAACUCUGUCCUCUCCGUCUCCUGCUUAGUGUCUUCAUUCAUCUGUAACUUUGAAGCCAACAAAAGAAGGAGCAACAAAAGCCAUUGCAUUAUUUUUUUGUAUCAUUUGUAGAUGGUCUGAGUCGAAGAACAAAAGAAGCUGCUACAGACUUGAGAGAAUCGUCUGUCUACACCCUCUAACCUGCUCAACUGAUCAUGCAUGAACUUUUUUAUCUAAAUGUGAACCUGUUUAAACAGUAUCGAUAGGAGUGCUGCUGCUUUCAGAGACUGAAGGAGAUCAAAAUCAGAUCCAAUGCUGAUCUGCUAUCCUGGUUUCUCUGUGCUUUGUGUAAGAUUCAGCCCGGGAGGGUCAGAACGAGUGGUGACCUUUCACCUGACGCAUCCCUCAUUAUCCUUGUUUUUUUUAUAUUGUUUUAUCCCUAAGAAAAUGACAGACAGCCGAUAAAGAGGGAGAGACACCAUCGCUCGUGCUGGAGGGAAACAUAAAAGGGGAGGAGUGAGUGUUUUCUGACAAAAACUCACCCUCCGCUGUUUCCGAGAAGAUGGCCAACAGAGAGUUGGUGUGACUCGAACUUGACAGGACUUAUUAUUUGGGUCUGCUGUCUGUUUUCUCCGUGUUCAUCAUAUGAGUUUGCUUCCAUUGUACCAUAAGAUGCUGAAUCUUUUAUUCCACGUAAAGUCAUGAACACACUGUUGACUGGUAAAGGAGCAGGACAAAUGGAACUUAAUGGUUGCUAAGCCCCGUCUCCGGCCUAUCCCUGUCCAAUCACAGCCUCUUGAGACUGAGUUUGAUUCAAAUCUUUUAGUAUCCACUGCAGAUUCAGACAGGUGCUGUAACAGUACCUGUAGUCGUCCUGCGAUUAUUCACCUCACAUGUUUAGCACAGAGCUGUUCAAGGGAUACUAAGCAGAUUGGCUUGCUUUUAGCACCCCCUAGUGUCCAUUUAUUGGUGUGUGUUUGUGCUCAAAGCUCUGUGGUCAAAGCAAAAGUGAAACCUAUCUCCUCGCUGUGUGUUUGUCUUUAACAUCUUAAUCUAACAGCUGAAAUGUCUCCCCAGACUUCUUUAGUUUCUAGAGGAGUGACUCAUCACUAAAUCAAACAAAUCAGCUGUGUUCUUGAUCUAAAGCAUGCAAGAAACGUGCUGGAAGCAGACUGCAGCGCCGGGUAUGUCAGCUCCAUUUUUUUCUAAGUCUUAACAGGUGGAGGCCCAGCACUCUAAAGUUGCAAAUGCAGUAUUCUGGCCACAGGGGGGCAGUAGGGGUCUGAGUGACCUCAUUAACCCUGUAAAGGUGCUGGUGGACGUUCUCAGUCAUCCAGGUCACGGUAAUCCAAAAGAGUUCAAAUGAAAGCAACUGGACUUCUUUGGUUUCAUGAAGAUGUUUCGAUUCUCAUCCCAAGAGCUUUUUCAAUUUUGACUGGAAUAUGGGAGAGUUGAGCUUUUAUAAGCUGUAGAUGUCUAUUGUUAUUUAACAAGCAGAAACUACUCCGAUCCCCCCUCCUCUACCCCCUGAUGAGUCGUUAGCCUCUAUUGAGAGCGAGUCGUGUUGAAUAGAUGCAGGAAGGUGUGACGCUCCCAUAUUCCAGUCAGAAUUGACAAAGCUCACCGGAUGAGAAGCGAAGCGUCUUCAAGCCUUCAUUUGAAUCCUUUUGGAUAACACUGUAAGGGUCAUAUUAGCUCAUACUGACUCAAGAAAAUCAUUUAAAAACAUGAAAAAGUUGCAGUAUCCCUUUAAUAUACACACCAAUAUGUCACAGCUGAUCCAGGAGCAGCUCGUGUUUUAUUUAACGGUCAUGAUAGAGCAGAACCUGUCUCAAAACAUGACUCAGCGGAGAGCUGAACACGGCAGGAUUUGUGACAUGGAUGUUUUCUCUCUAAAAAUAACACAAGCUUGGAGGAGCUUCUGCCACGUGGUUUAGUUGCUAAUGCUAACGGUUAGCUUCUGCUAGCCGAGACUUUCUCUUCUCAUUCUGGACGUUAAAACACCAACUGCAUUCCUUAUGGUGAGCCAGAGUGAGGGUGAGUCCAAGCGGCCGCUUGACGCAGGUCUAUCAGGCUUUCCUAAUCCAGAGUUUCACCUUCUAUUUUCUAUCAGAAGCUAAUGCAGGAGACAGGUGUAGGAGACUAUUUUCAUGUUCAACCUGCACAAAAAACUCAAAGUGACUGAUUAUGAUCAGAGAUAAUCAUUAAAAAAUGUUUUUCAGUGUUCCACACCUUUUCAAGGUCUGAACCGUGAACCAGGGGUACCAUUAAACCCUUACCAGUCAGGGCUUUAACAAGCUGUACAUUUAAUAUGAGAACAGUUGGUGUGUAGUUAAUGGCUUCAUUAAUGAUUCCUAACGCUGUUCUGCUAAAGAAAGUUGUCAGACAAGCAAAUGUAGCUGUGAAGUUCAAAUUCAGGAUGGAAUCUCUGCAUACCAACAUCAUCUGCUUUAAUUAUUCCAUUGAUUAAAGGGGGCGGGGCUUAGCAAACAGUCCUGUGAAGAACUGUGUAGAAUAUUACAAGAAUGUACCUGUUCAGAUCAACAUCUUCUAUGAAAUGUACAAGCUCAUACCCUUACUGGAGGUCAUUUUAGUUUUUGGUUUCCUCCCAAAUUUCACAUAAAUGAUCCAGUAAUGGUGAUCACAAUAGAAAAGUAAUUUGUGUCAGUGUUUUCACCAGGAUGUUGGAAUAAGACUUCUGUGUGUACAAUCCAUUUAAUGUAACAUUCGAUUGUUAUAAGCUACCUUUUCCUUUUUGAAUGUCUAUAUUUUCCUCCUGUUUUCUCGUUAUGAAAUGCCUUUUUUUUUAAACAAACCAAAUGGCCAAAGUGUAAAAUACGUCUAUAAAUUGCUGUAGAUAAGAAAAUAAGAGAGCAAAUAAUGAAAACCGUUGAGGUGAUGGGAAGGGUUUCACUCUUGUCUCUUAAGUUGAUGCUGAAUUUUACCUGUAAGAUUAUCUAUGCAUAUUUUUGGAUCGGGGGGGGGGGGGGGGGGGGUCAGUCGCAGAAAAAGCCUUGCAUGUCACAGGCUUGUUGAAAUAGAGACUUAUGUAUUGAACAGAAAUAUUUUUUAUUUUAUUUAUUCUAUUUUAUAAAAGUAUAUACUGAUUUAAUUAGUUGAGGGCAAGUCCUGAUGCUGUUUUGGUCAAUGACUCGACAUCACAACAGGAUGCAGGAACAGUUUGCAGAAGAAAUCAAAUAUAAAAGCAGAAACGACCUGAAUACAUCUUCACCCUGUACAGUUUCACCUGAAGCUGCUGCUCAGAGGGAGGAGGAUGGUAGCAGUAAGACUCUCAGUGUUCCUGUCCAUUUCACACAAACUCAACAAACACACUCCGUUUAGGUUAGGUGGAUGUGUUAGCUUCUGUUUGCUGCUCACUGAUUUGUACACUUAAUCAAUGUAACCAGUUGUGAGAAUAAAGAGUAUAAAACACC